AUGGGCGACCUUGAUGAGCUCUUCGAGAAGGGAAAGACCUUAACUACUGCCAAAACAAAAGAGCUCCUAGAUACCGAGCGCGGUUGGUGCGAUGAGGCCCAAGCUAAUCCCGUGUCGGCUGCGUACUAUGAAGUCCUUUGCCGCAUGUACCUGAGCGGGAAAGAAAGCUCGGCAGCUCUGGGGCACAAGAUGAAGUAUUGGCAAUGGCAGCGAGACGAGGAGAAGAAGAAGCUCGACAGGGAUCGGCUUGACAAGGAAAAGGCCGAAAACAAGAAGCUGGACGAUGACAAGCUGGACAACGGUAAGCUGGACACCGGCAAGCUGGACACCGGCAAGCUGGACACCGGCAAGCUGGACACCGGCAAGCUAGACGACACCAAGCUAAACAACACCAAGCUGGACAACACCAAGCUGGACAACACCAAGCUGGACAACACCAAGCUGCUCGAUGACGGCAAGAAGCUCGGUGACGGCAAGAAGCGCAAGAAGCGCAAGAAGCGCAAGAAGCUCGAAGAUGGAAAGAAGCUCGACACCACCACUACUGAAUCAAAAGCUCGCAACCCUCGGAACAACGUCCUGUCGACCCUUUCCAUCACUACAGAGGCGCAAGAGCCCCUCGAAGCAUGCCCUCUUCCCGACCCCAGGUACAGCUUACCAGGAUUGAAGUUCUAUCCACCUCAAGAUCCAGCGAUAAAGCGGGAAGCAGAUGAAGAGGCCGAGAAGGUGCGCAAAGCAAAGCGUCUAGUCCGACGUAACAACCCCCCAGGUACCAGGAGGAAGAAGUGUGGACUCUUCCGCAGUGAUGAGAAUAUUGUCAAGCGAAAGACUGCUGGUCGGGGCAUCGAGCACCACCCACCCGUGGAGGCCAAAUUUGAUCUCGAUCGGAAAUGCAAGUGCCACAGAUGGAACCGUGUACCCACAAAGAUUUGUUUCAAAUGUGGUAGACCUGACGCAGAGGGUUGGGAGUACACUGCCCAUAAUGGUGUUGACGGUGUGCUUCCCCCUUUCCCGGGUUACGCACCUGAUUGUCCCCCGGAGGCUGCAAAGCGAGGCAUGUUCUUCGCUACCCAUCCUGGCCCUUGGAGGCCGCUGUUCACACCUACUCUCUUCUUUCUCAACUAUCUUCAAAGGUGCGACCUGAUCACUAGCUUCGAUACCAUGAAUUUCAGCAGCGGUAGUCAAUGGAUUCCAAACCCGCCUGUUCCAAGGCCUCACCAAGGUUUCGCGCCUUGCCCCGUAUCUUACCCUCCAGAUGCAGCCUACAUGUCGGAACUUUAUAGUUUUCUCGAACCCGCGGACAUUAUGGAAAAGAAUGGCUAUGUUCUACAAGAGCUCACCGAUAUCGACCUCAAUCAGAAACGCAGGUGCAAGAAUUGCAAUCAGACUGUUCAAUACCUCACGAAGUCACUACAAAAGACAACCUCAUUCCGUGCCGCCAAUCACCCUCCGAAUGAUUCACUAGGAUCCUACCAUCGGCUACCGACUAUACGUAUCCCACAGGAAGAGGGCUACAUGGACGUCGAUUGCACUAAGCCAUGCAUGUAUCAUCCUGGAGACUACGUCAAAGCCAGUCAGUGCUACAACUGCUGCAAUUCCCAUGUCUCAGCAUCUGUCAAGUAUUGCGUAACCACUCAGAGACAUACGCUGCGCAAAUAUAAGCAGAGCGAUCUCGACCGCAUUUAUCAGUUCCACAUGACCCCACCUGUAUAUGCCGGACAGAAUCGCACUCCCCGCGCCGCGGUCGCCAUUGACUGCGAAAUGGGAACGGCAAAACUCGGCGAUUCAGAGCUUAUCCGUAUUAGCGCUAUUGAUUACUUCACCGGUGAAGUGCUCGUAAACAACCUCGUCGAGCCCGAUCUCCCAAUGCAGAGCCUCAACACCCAGUAUUCUGGAGUCACAUUCGAUCAAUUGAAUCAUGCUGUACUUGUCGGGCACUCCCUCAAAGGGAAAGUCGGGGCUAGAGAGGCGCUAUGGAGGUUUGUAGGGCCGGAAACUUUCAUUGUUGGUCAUGGUGUCAACAAUGACCUCAGAGCUCUGCGUAUGAUUCAUCCACGGGUUGUUGAUUCAUAUAUGGUGGAAAACAAGAUCGUUCAAGCGAGGAAAGCUAUCGAAGCUGCUGCUGCUGCUGCCGAAGCAGAGAGAGAGGCGGCGCUCAGCGCACAGCAGCAGCUUCAAGGAGUGGCGGUUCUUCCACAAGGCAUGGGUGUAGGAGGAUGGGGAGUCAGCUCUUCAACACUCAACAACCAAGCUGCCCCAUUCGCCACUGCAGCGUCGCAAGUUGAGCCAAAGAAGAAGAAGAAGCCUAAGGGAUCUGGAGAGUUAUCGUUGAAGAUGCUACUCAAGCGAUACCUUGGUAGGGAAAUUCAGAUGCAAGGCAACUUGGGCCAUGACAGCAUGGAGGAUGCGAUUGCAGCAAGGGAUCUGGUACAUUGGAUGGUCCAGCGUAGACUCAACGAGUCUGUGCAGACAAUAUGGGGAAGCGGAUACGAACAAUAA